AUGAAAACCACGUCCAUCUGUGAAGUGAUUACCGAGGCUAUUUGGAAAAUGGACUGGCACUGGAUGAUCGGUUAUAUUGGAUGUCAAGUGGAAUUUCAAAAAUGGGCACGGAUUUUCGACCUUUUCACGGAAUGUGCUGGCGAACUUGAGCAUACUAGACCCACCGAGAUAGAUGAAAGGCAUCUGCUGCAAAUUCAGUGUCAGUCAAGUGACCUAGAUAGCAAAACCAGUCAAAGAGCGACUGAAAUUUUAAAAAAUCAGGAUGGAGAAAUUAGAAUUCCCUGCUCCAAUGAAGAUAAUCAAACCACCCUAAUACCUAACAACCCCGAAGAGGGUGAGUCAGCUUGA